AUGUCCAGCAUCAAGGAGCAAAAAGCCCAUCAGACACUUGAUCAGAGCUCAAUGCCAAACUUCAACUCUUCAUGGGUGAACUACAAAGGUGCUUGGUCUACGACUAUCUUUGUCAUUGUCCUCCUCAAGACUCUCUAUUCCAUUAUCCCAUUCAUCAGCCCGGAAGCAAGUUGGACAUUGACAAACUUGACAUUCAAUAUCGGUCAUUAUAUCAUGUUCCAUUGGGUGCAGGGCAUUCCUUUCGAGAAUCAUCAAGGUGCUUAUGAUGGCUUAACGCUAUGGGAACAAAUCGAUGGAGGUGUACAGUUUACAGCAACUCGAAAGUUCUUUACCGCAGUACCUAUUGCCUUAUUCCUGUUGAGCACGCAUUACACUCAUUACAACCUGUUAUUGUUGGCUAUCAACUUUGCUCCACUUAUGCUCGUUUUGGUUGCCAAGCUCCCAGUCAUGCAUCGUGUACGGGUAUUUGGCAUCAACAAGAUCGACCACGUGGUGGAUUAA